AUGGAGGACCUUGCCGUCAUAUCAUGGGAAGUCUGCAAAGGGCGAACCGUUUGGAUCGGGAGGAAGCCAUCAGCCAUGAACUCGGCGGCGGUGCUCGGGGUGCUGCUCCCUUUCCCCUUCUACUACAUCUUGUGGAACUACCCGCAGGCGUGGGUUGACCUGUGUGGGAAGGGGGUCGAUCCCUCUCACCGGAUGGCUCAGAUCUCCCACGUUCUCAAAGCUAUUCAGUUCGUCUCCCUCUUUUCGGUCGCAAGCUUCUCCCGGCCGCCCUGGUACUGUCUCCUCCUCUUCCUGGUCGGCCAGUUCCUCAACUUCAAGGUGUAUCAGUUGCUUGGUGAGGCAGGCACUUACUAUGGUGUGCGUUUCGGCAAGAACUUGCCUUGGGUGACAGAAUUUCCUUUCGGAUACAUAAAGGACCCUCAAUACGUGGGAAGCAUCCUCAGUUUGGUUGCAUGUCUCUGCUGGGUUCCUUUGGCCUACAUUGUUCUUUGGAUUGUAGGGUAUCUCCUGAUGAUGCAGGUAGAAGCGAGUGAAGACUCAGCAACUAGAGCCAAGCCUCUUCACUGAUUUGCAAACCCAAAUCCAGUGCGCAAAAUUUUGGUCGGUACGUUUGAACGAUGUCUCUCCUAUGAUUUUUCGUAUUCCUUAUAACUGGAAAAUAACUCUAUUUAUUGACAAAUCUUCAUAAAGCAUAAUCUAUCA